AUGAGUUUGUUCGGGGGAUCGAAACUAGGCACUACUUCAGCUGCAACUUUUGGUACUUCAGUUUCUACACCAGCUUUUAACUUUGGAACUGCAACUUCAAGUACAACCAAUAAACCAUUAUUUGGCUCCACAACGACUACACAGUCGUCUUUGUUCGGCGCCUCAACAACGACAUCCACUUUUGCACAAUCUGGAGGAUUAUUUGGCUCAAAACCUGGGGCAACAACUUCAACAACUCUGUUAUCGUCUGGGACGAAACCAGCUGGUUUACCAGGUACUUCAACCGCAUUACCUGCACAAGCUUCACAAAUCUCAACAGUGCAAGAUUUGAUACAGAACUCAGAAUAUCUCAUUCGAUCUUUAACAUCACCAGAUCUUUUUGGGGAUGAAAGAGAUGGAAUUGUUGCGAAAUUAAAUCAGCUUUUGUCUGCAUGCGGAGUUGGUAAUGGGUAUUAUAAAGGCGACCAACAACCUAUUUCUUAUACAGCAGAAAACCCUUUUUAUCAGUUUAAAGCGAUUGGUUAUAGUAGAAGAAGUGAUUAUUGUGAUAGCGAUGGUAUUAUAGCUUUGACUCUAGGAAUUAAUUAUGAGCAGCUUUCAAGAGCCACUCAACGGCAAAAAUUCAUAGAUUCGAUGAACCUCAUAUUAGGCAAUAAUACAAAUGUUCGAGCGCAUAUUGAACUUAUUCGUCCACUCCCUGAUAAUCAAACUGAAGUUCUACUAUAUGUAACAGAGAAAGGCAAAGGCAGGUCAAGUAGCAAAGAAUUGUGUGCUUUCUUGAAGCAACCUACGCAAGAUAUACAAUUGAAGAGUCAGCUUUGUGUUGUGAAUAUUCUUCCGCGUACAAUAGUGGAUGAUGCGAAGAAACAUGCUUUCAUUAAAAAUCCUCCAGCGGGAUUCGAUUCGCAGAUUUGGCAGCAAGCUGUGCGAGAAAAUCCAGAUCCUGAUAAGUUGCUUCCUUAUCCUAUCCGAGGUUUUGAACAAUUACGUAAAAGACAAGAAUUACAGGCAGCAGAGAUACGUCUUGAGGAGCGUAUUGUUGAAGAGCUAAAUCAAAAACUUAUGCAAAUUAAUAGUAAAUUGAUAACGGGACAAAAUCAAUGUUCGUAUCAGCGACAAAGACAUAAAGAAUUAUCGCAUCGUUUGUUACGUUGUUUAGCAAUGCAAUCCCUUCUUCAGCAAUAUACAAUUAGCAUUGAUAGUGCUGAAGAGAAACUCGAAACACGUCUUGAAGCAUUGAAUGCUUCUCUUGUAGCACCGGACCAAAUCAAGAGUCGAAUUAAUGAUUUAUUAGCGACUUUGCGUGAUGAAGCAGAAAAUUUGAAAGCAAUAGGUGGGACAAAACUGGGAUUAACUGAAAGUGAUGUUACACAAAUUAAAAGAUACUUAUCUCGAGCUCAGGAAGCGCUUGAAAGAGUUGUUGACGUAGUUCGUGAAAGUACUGAAGAUCUUAAUAUUAUAGAAACGCAUCUGAAAUGA